CGGUCAUGAACUCGACGAAACACCUACUGUCAGUCAUCAUCUUUAUCAUUGCGCUGCUCAUUUGCCAGUGCGUUUCAGGACAGUCGAACGUUGUCGUCAUACUAGCGGAUGAUUUAGAUUUGGAACUAGAUGGAACAAGUCCGCUUUCGAAAACACGCCAACUCAUAGCGAAGGAAGGAGCAGUCUUCAAAAAUAUGUAUGUCACUGAUGCUCACAACUGCCCGAGUCGUGCUAGCUUGUUGAGCGGUAUGUAUGCUCACAAUCACGGUGUCAUCAACAACAGCGUGUCCGGCGGUUGCUCUAGUCAGCAAUGGAGGGAGAAGUGGGAAAGGUUGACUAUUGCUAAUUUACUUCCGGAAUACAAAACAUUCUUUUCUGGGGUGUAUCUCGAUGAGUAUGGUAAGAAUGAAGGGGGUGGAACGUAUAUACCAGAAGGCUGGAAACAUUGGAAAGCAUUGGUCGGCGGGUCAGCAUAUUACAAUUAUACCCUAGUAGAUAACGGAACUCCUGUUUUUCAUUAUGAUGAAUAUUCGGUGGAUUAUUUCACUGAUGUUGUGAAAAAUGAGUCGGUUGAAUUUAUUAAAGAAGUAUCUGCACCGUUCUUUAUGCUCAUUGCUCCACCAGCUUGUGGUGCUCCGUUUGUAUCUGCUCCUCAAUAUCAAUCACAUUUUGAAAAGGCUAAAGCUCCGAGAACAAAGAGCUACAAUGUACCAGGAAAGGACAAACACUGGCUAGUUGCAAACGUUGUUCAUCCCAUGUCGAACGAAUCGGUUUAUCUUACCGAUUCUAUUCUACGGAAAAGAUGGAGGACAUUACUGUCUCUCGACGACCUCGUAGAGGCCGUCGUGCACGAGUUGUCAGCACAAUCUCUUUUGGACAAUACGUAUAUCUUUUUUACUUCGGAUUCGGGAUAUCAUCUUGGCCAGUUUGGUCUGCCUAAUGGCAAUCGUCAACUUUACGAGUUUGACACUCACGUUCCACUUUUCGUGCGAGGCCCUACUAUUACCGCAGGGACGACAAUAGCAAAGCCAGUGCUCACUAUCGACCUAGCACCAACAAUUGUUGCUCUAGCUAAUGGCAUUUUGCCAUCAAAUAUGGAUGGAAAACCGUUUCUGAGCAAGUCUAGUGACCAUAAGGUUGUCAAGACGAGGGAAAAGUUUUUGAUCCUGCAUCAUGGGGAAGGUCAUCGUUAUAGGAUAAAUAACUGUAAACAGUCUACAAUGAAUCAGACGUGUUGCUUGCCUUCAUGUGUGUGUGAAGACUCAUUCAACAAUAGUUACUCAUGCGUGCGAUCAAUUUCCUCCUCUCUCAAUACCGUCUACUGCGAGUUCUCAGACAAUGUGGCAUUUGUUGAGUUAUACGAUUUGUCAAAAGAUCCAUUUCAGUUGAAAAACAUUGCCAGCUCAGCUAAUUCCACAGAGCUGUUGAAGUACCACAACUGGUUGAUAGAAUUGGCUAUGUGUAAGGGUACCACUUGCCUGUAGCAUGUUUAUGAAAAUUGGUCAUAUAGAGAUGUGCUAUUAUAUAGAGUUGUUGAGUCUUGUAGAUAAAAUAGAUCAGUGAUGGUAUGUA